UGGGCCACUCCUGCCUGGCAAUGGUCUGUUGUGGACAGCCAGCCACCUGUAACCCAAGCUAGAAUGUUUUUUCUUCUCAGUAUCUUUCCUGAUGCCAGCGGCUUUCCUGAUGAGCAGGCUUUUGAAGCCAUUAGAGCAUACUGAGGAAGAUGAGUUUUGGCAAGACAGGGCAAAUGAGAGGGCACAGCGGGGCAUUUUGUGGUUUCUUUCUGCCUUCAGGAUGUUCUCAGGCUCCACCCAGCUAUACUUGGAGGUGCUUCUAUGGACCGUAUCCUAGAACUGGAACUCCCAGCUACAAAGUGUGAGAAGUGUGGACCGGGCUACCCUACCCCUCUGGAGGCCAUGAAAGGACCCAGGGAAGAGAUUAUCUACCUGCCCUGUAUUUACCGAAACACAGGCAUUGAGGCCCCGGAUUAUUUGGCCACCGUGGACGUUGACCCCAAGUCUCCCCACUAUUGCCAGGUCAUCCACCGGCUGCCCAUGCCCAACCUGAAGGAUGAACUGCAUCACUCAGGAUGGAACACCUGCAGCAGCUGCUUCGGGGACAGCACCAAGUCCCGCACCAAACUGAUGCUGCCCUGUCUCAUGUCCUCCCGCAUCUAUGUGGUGGAUGUGGGCUCCGAGCCCCGUGCCCCGAAGCUACACAAGGUCAUUGAGGCUGAAGACAUCCAUGCCAAGUGUGACCUGGGCUACGUCCAUACCAGCCACUGCCUGGCUAGUGGGGAGGUGAUGGUCAGCUCCCUGGGAGACCCCAAAGGCAAUGGCAAAGGGGGUUUCGUGCUGCUGGAUGGAGAGACAUUCGAGGUGAAGGGAACAUGGGAACGGCCUGGGGGCGCUGCACCCAUGGGCUAUGACUUCUGGUACCAGCCUCGACACAAUGUCAUGAUCAGCAGUGAAUGGGCGGCUCCCAAUGUCUUUCGAGAUGGCUUCAACCCCGCUGAUGUAGAGGCAGGGCUGUAUGGAAGCCAUUUACAUGUGUGGGACUGGCAGCGCCAUGAGAUCGUGCAGACCCUGCCCCUGCAGGACGGGCUCAUCCCCCUGGAGGUCCGCUUCCUGCACAACCCAGACGCGGCCCAGGGCUUCGUGGGCUGUGCCCUCAGCUCCACCAUCCAGCGCUUCUACAAGAAUCAGGGAGGUACUUGGUCAGUGGAGAAGGUCAUCCAGGUGCCCCCCAAGAAAGUGAAGGGCUGGAUGCUGCCUGAAAUGCCCGGCCUGAUCACCGACAUCCUGCUGUCUCUGGAUGACCGCUUCCUCUACUUCAGCAACUGGCUGCAUGGGGACUUGCGGCAGUAUGACAUCUCUGACCCUCAGAGGCCCCGCCUCACGGGACAGCUCUUCCUUGGGGGCAGCAUUGUUAAGGGAGGGCCCGUGCAAGUGCUGGAGGACCAGGAGCUAAAAUCCCAGCCAGAGCCCCUGGUGGUCAAGGGGAAACGGGUACCCGGAGGCCCUCAGAUGAUCCAGCUGAGCCUAGAUGGAAAACGUCUGUACGUCACCACAUCUCUGUACAGUGCCUGGGACAAGCAGUUUUACCCUGAUCUCAUCAGGGAAGGCUCUGUGAUGCUGCAGAUCGAUGUAGACACAGUAAAGGGAGGCCUGAAGUUGAACCCCAACUUCCUGGUGGACUUUGGGAAGGAGCCCCUAGGCCCGGCCUUGGCCCAUGAGCUCCGCUACCCCGGGGGUGACUGCAGCUCUGACAUUUGGGUCUGAAGUCCACCCCAGGUAGCCCCAUCCCACAUCUGAGCCCUCACUUCCUCAGACACCUGGCUUCACGCUGCUCCCUCUCGGCCCCCAAGCCUUGGCAGGUAGUCCCACCAAAGCCAAACAGAGGCUAUUGGGACGUAUUGAGUGGUGUCUUCAUUUACUGACCUUUACUGACCACCUGUUGCAUGUUGCUCACUGGCUGUUUUUACACAAACUCUUGGAAAUUGCUUUACCAAGAAAUAAACUACUGAACCUAUU